CCACUAUCUAUCAUGCUAGGUUGAUAAACAUGGCACCAAGAAGGCGCCCAUCUCUCCCCGUAAUAAUAAUUACCAUAUUCAUGUUGUAACUGGAAUUGAUCAGUCAAGUUCAAGUCCUCUUCUCAUUUACAAGUCUUGAAAGAUGGAAUUUGCUGAACUUAUCCGUAUAUCACGGUGCGACCGUGUGAUGCUACACAGACCUCAUCAUUCCGUACUUGAUGGCACGCUCUGCAUUACUGGACAUCAUCUCAUUGCAUCAGCACGUGGAGAGGAAUCGGAAGAAUUAUGGCUACUGCAUAGCAACAUUGAUGCAGUAGAGAGAAGACAGCAAGGAAUGACGGGUGGAACAUUGUGGCUGAAGUGUAAAGAUCUGCGGAUUUUACAACUGGAUGUUAUAGGUGCUGAUCAGUUUGCUAAAGUAGCAGACACACUAGAAGAUCUUACACGUGUGGAGGAGCCAUUGCUGCAGUAUCCAUUCUUUUAUCGGGCCAUGUACACAGCUCUAGAGGAUGGCUGGACGACAUUUUUGCCGGAGUCGGAAUUUUCCCGUCUGGUUCAGCCAGGCGAUGACUGGAGAAUAUCAUAUGUUAAUAAGGACUACAAGGUAUGCCCAACAUAUCCGAGUGCCGUUGUGGUCCCCAAAAAUAUUGAAGAUAGCGAUCUUAUUGCUAUUGCUAACUUCCGUCAAGCUGGUCGGUUUCCUGUCCUAUCAUAUCGUCAUGAAGGCUCGGCGGUUCUUCUUAGAAGUGGACAACCUCUUAUCACAGCCAAUGGCAAGCGGUGUAAAGAGGAUGAACGGCUAUUAAAUAGUGUGCUUGCGCGUGAAAAACGGGGCUACAUUAUUGACACCCGCACUCAGAAUUUAGCGCAGUCAGCUAAGAACCUUGCGCAGUCAGCAAAAGUUCAGCUUCGUGGUGGGGGGUAUGAGCCCGAGCUUCACUACCCUAACUGGCGUCGUGUCCACAAACCUAUUGAUCGUCACCAUGUCUUACUGGAGUCGUUAACAAAACUUAUGGAUGGUGUAAAUGACACAAACUCAGGAACGGACAAGUGGUUGAGUCGUCUGGAGAGCAGCAACUGGAUGAAUAACAUUAAGGAAACAUUGAACUGUGCGUGCCUUGUGGCUCAGUGUCUUGACCAGGAAGGAGCCUCUGUACUAGUCCAUGACACAGACGGUCUGGACUCCACUCUACAAGUUACGUCUCUUGCUCAGAUAAUCCUCAAUCCAGAUUGCCGCACUGUUCGAGGGUUUGAGGCACUGUUAGAGCGAGAAUGGAUACAGGCAGGCCAUCCAUUUGCAACUCGUCAUGCCCGAUCUUGCUACACUCCAAGUGCUCAGCGCUCCAAGUCCAACUCUCCGACCUUCCUCCUCUUUCUAGACUGUGUCUACCAAAUUCAUUCACAGUUUAGCUGCAGCUUUGAGUUUGCAGAAAACUUCCUUGUAAUGUUGUUUGAGCAUUCAUAUUCAUCACAAUUUGGCACAUUUCUAGCAAAUAACGAAGGAGAACGAAGAGCAAUGCAGGCCCAGGAACGAACAGCCAGCCUGUGGUCAUUUGUCAAUCGGCCAGAGGUGCUUCCAAAAUACCUCAAUCCUAUGUAUGAGCCCAAUCAACGUGUUAUUUGGCCAUCUGUUGCCCCUAUGAGCCUGCAAUUGUGGGCUAGUGUCUUCUUGCGGUGGGUGGUGGACCAAGGACCCCAAGAGGCAGCAUGGUCAGUAGUACGAGAAUUGCGCGAGCGGGAUUCAUCUCUUAGAUCUCGUGUAGCCCGCCUUAGACGGCAGUUGCAAGAUUUGGAGCGAGAGGCAUUAGAAGUUGGAAUAAUUUCACCACCUACAGGAGUAGAGGCAUUAAGAAAAUACCCAGUAAGGAACUAGUGGCUGAUUAACGGCAAGUGAAACCACCGUCUUACAUCUGCACCUAUCAUGCUCCUCGGCGAACCAUGAAGCUAAAUAAUUACUAAUUUGUUAUUUUGCUGUUAUUCUAAAAAACAUUGUUUAAUGAAUUUAAUGCAGUUCAUUUAUAAUGUGUUUGUAAGAUUGUACACAAUGUAGUCCAUAGAUUUUUAUAUUUUAUUAUCGGUACAAUUUUCAUAUUGGUGUUGUGUAUAUUGAAGGUUUUAUGUAGUUUUAUGUUAAAUCUGAACUUAAAAUUGUAAAAAUGUUUAUAUAUUGUUUGUUAAUGAAUUUGGUUACUUUCAUAGUGAAUAUUUUUAACGGAAGCUUUUGAGAACAUAUGCAAAUUAUAAUUUAUGACAAACUUUAAAAUUUACAAAUUUUAAUAUUGUAAAAACAUUGAUCAUCAAUAAUGAUUUAAUCAUUAGUUUAAUGUCUAAAAUUCUGAAAUAGGAUGUUCUCUACUUUGUCAUUUGUAGAGCAGAGCGAGGGCUAAUAUGAUGAACUAUAUAUUCAAGUAUAUUGCAUGACCUUAUUUGCAACUGCAGUUUCAAUGAUAAUGACGUACAAUAUAAAACGCCACAAGAAUUUAGAUACUGUAAUGCACUCUUGAUGAAAUGUACCCCAAAGGGAUACCAGUGAUCUGACCGAUACAAGGACGUGAGCACGUACCCCCAAAGGGAUAAGUGAUCUGACCGAUACAAGGACGUGAGCACGUAUCCCCAAAGGGAUAAGUGAUCUGACCGAUACAAGGACAUGAGCACGUACCCCCAAAGGGAUAAGUGAUCUGACCAAUACAAGGACGUGAGCACGUACCCCAAAGGGAUAACAGUGAUCUGACCGAUACAAGAACGUGAGCACAGUGUUGUGUGUGAGCUCACAAUCAUAACCAAAGUGUAUGGAUGUAAUAUUAGCAUAGUAGAAUAGUGCUUCAAGAUUGCCUAUAUUUUAUUAUAAAAUUUAGAUUAGUAUGAAGUCUUAAUUGUGUAUUGUAAACAUUUGCAAAGUGUUGCAAACUUGUUCAAUUUAUCACAUUGAAAAGGCAGCCUUGAUAUUAUUUAUUGCAUGACUCUUCAUGGUUUUAGUAAAAUACACAAGCACAAUGCAAAUUAACAUUCCAUGUUGUGUAAUAAAAAUAUAUACUUUAUGUUCAUCUAGUCAAA